AUGGGGAGCGCAAGAGGUUUCGACGUCGUUAAGGGUUAUGUGGACACGGAUUACGGCCAGAUUCACUUUCGCAGAUGCGGACAAGGCAUGCCGUCCGUGCUGCUCCUGCAUGCCGCCCCGCAAUCCUCCUCCAUGUUCUCCUCCGCGCUCAAGCGCUUUGCCGCCCGGGGGCUGCACGCCGUGGCCGUCGAUCUACCCAACUGCGGCGAAUCCAGCCGUUCGUCCGUGGAGCUGACGAUCGCUGACGUGGCGGAGAUCGUGCUGCAGGCGAUCCAAGGGCUGAGAUUCACCAGCACCAUCGACCUGAUUGGACACCAAACAGGAGCGACAGUGGCGCUGCAAAUCGCGUCAGACCUCCCCCAGGUGGUGCGGCGAGUGGUGCUGUGGGGCGUGCCCAUGCUGGGCUUCAUGGAGCGAGGGGACGUGCUGAGGGAAGAGCCUCCCGAUUAUGACGGGGACUUGGAAGGCACUGUGGCGACCUUUUUGGAAAAGAGAUACCCGUACCCCGUGCCCUGGCAGCUCAAGGUACGCACACUCAUAGACAUGCUACAGACGUAUGAACGCCGCCCCUGGCUGACUCGAGCCAUGGCAGUGGUCGACCACGCCGCCCUGCUCGGCUCGCUCCCCAUGCCCGUGCUCUGCCUGCUGCUGUGUCUGACAUCCCCCCUGCCCACCUUCUUCCCAUCCCCCUGCCCCCACCAGGUGCGCACACUCAUAGACAUGCUACAGACAUAUGAACGCCGCCCCUGGCUGACCCGAGCCAUGGCGGUGGUCGACCACGCCGCCCUCCUCAGCUCCCUCCCCAUGCCCGUGCUCUGCCUGGCCGGCGACAGCGAGCCGUAUCAGAAAGCGACGAUGAAAGCCGCCCUGCUGUGCAAGAACGGCAAGUACGUGAACCUGGGCUCGGCCGGCAGCGACGUGGUAGAUGAAAUCCCCGAUGAUUACGUGGCAGAGGUUCUGGGUUUUCUCCUGGAGCCAGAUGUAGAUGGGGGUGUGGGGGCAGGGGGAGCGGGGGGAGGGUCGGGGAGAGUGGGGGGCGGAGUGGGGAGGGUGGGGGCGCUGGGGGGAGCGGCGCAGGGGGAGCGGGCGAGCUGGUCGAUUCAGAGUGAGGUGGUGGCGCAGGAUGGGGGGAGGAAGAUGUCUGCUGCUGCUGGCGUGGGGGGAGGCUGCGGGGGAGGAGUGGGGGGGAAUCAAGCACUACGGCAAGGAUCGUUGCCGAGUAAUCUAGGGGGAGGAGCGGGAGGAGGGGUGGGAGGAGGGGUGGGAGGAGGGGGAGGGGGGGGAGGGGGAGGAGGAGCAGGUGUGGAUGGCGGCCAGUCGCCGAGGGGGGAGGGGGAUGAGAGGCGGUCGUCAAGUGAGAAGAAGCGAGGGCUGCUCAAGGGGCUGUUUAGAGGGAAGAGCGGGCUGCAGCAGCAGGGAUGGGAGGCAGAUGGGAGGCAGAUGGGAGGCAGAUGGGAGGCAGAUGGGAGGCAGAUGGGAGGCAGAUGGGAGGCAGAUGGGAGGCAGAUGGGAGGCAGAUGGGAGGCAGAUGGGAGGCAGAUGGGAGGCAGAUGGGAGGCAGAUGGGAGCCAAAUGGGAGGCAGAUGGGAGGCAGAUGGGAGGCAGAUGGGAGGCAGAUGGGAGGCAGAUGGGAGGCAGAUGGGAGGCAGAUGGGAGGCAGAUGGGAGGCAGAUGGGAGGCAGAUGGGAGGCAGAUGGGAGGCAGAUGGGAGGCAGAUGGGAGGCAGAUGGGAGGCAGAUGGGAGCCAAAUGGGAGGCAGAUGGGAGGCAGAUGGGAGGCAAAUGGGAGGCAGAUGGGAGGCAGAUGGGAGGCAGAUGGGAGGCAGAUGGGAGGCAGAUGGUCACUGCGAUGUGA